AUGGCGAACGAGUGCCAUGAUGUGUUGGUGGGGGUACGGCGGCGGUCGCAAUGUGCUUGGGGAGGUCAAAGGAGGUGGGACGGGAGGAGAUGGCGGAGAUUCGCGCCUGGUUGGUCGAGGAAGUGUUGUUGUUGUGUAAGAGCCGGGCGGGGAAGGACGCGCUCAGGGAUGGCGGGGCCGUCGACGUUCUGGAGGGAUGGAAGGGGGAAGAGCAUGCACGCCGUAGUGGGCAUACUGGAUCGGCGGGAGACACUGGUAAUCUCGAGGCAAAUACCGCAUCGAUGCGCUUUUUGGUGGGAAGCCGUUUCGGUCGACCAAUAGAACGUGCACAACUGGAUUGUCAAGGGUAAUCAAACAGAGACUAUCCGAACCAAAUUCUUGAUAUUUGGUUCCGAUUUUUAGAUCGACACCAAAAAUUUGAUGAUUUGGUUGCACCGAUGGGGAUUUCAAUCGACAUCAAAUCAUCAAAUUUUGGUUGUUUGGGUAUUUGAUUCUACCGGUGGGGAUGCUCUUACAGAGAUAAACAUCGAUACAGUGACCCCCAAAGGUGGCGACCCGAAAUAGGCAUAAGGGUCACUGUACCGGAGGGGGUCACUGUAGUGGAGCAGGGUGCAGACGGCGCACAGACCCCAAAACAAAGGGGUGAAGUCCAUCUUACAGGCCUGACAACAUAAAUGGCGAAUAAAAAUGGGGCUCGCAAACAUAAAAUGCCACGUUAAGCUGGCGCGAAAAGAAA